AUGGCUUCUAACAACACCGGUCGAGUGCAUGAAGGCAAGGUUGCGAUUGUAACAGGUUCAGCACGAAGCAUUGGUGCUGGUAUUGCUAGAAACCUCGCAUCUAAGGGUGCCAACAUCUUAAUCAGCUAUCUAACCGAAGGUUCUGACAGCUCUGCUGCUGAGCUCGCAGAAGAGCUUACUAAGAACCAUGGAGUUGUUGCCGUACCAUGUCGAUCUGACAUUUCUACACCUGAAGGCUGCGCAGCCAUCAUUGAGGCAUGUAACUCAAAGAUGCCUCCAAAUGCCAAAACCAACAAGCUACAAAUUGAUAUCCUGAUCAACUGUGCUGCUAUUAUGAUUGGCAUUGGUCCUCUUGAAUCAGUUACGCACGCGGAUUUUAUCAAGUCGUAUGAGACCAAUGUGCUAGCUCCUAUCUUGCUUACAGGAGCAUGCAAACCAUACCUACCAACAGAUCGAUCCGGAAGAAUUGUGAACGUCUCAAGUAUCGGACAAAAGGUCGGCACUCCAUACUUGACGCUUUACAAUGGAACGAAGGGUGCACUUGAGGCUAUGACAAGAACUUGGUCAAGAGAAUUGGCUGAAAAUGCCACCGUCAACACUAUCAACCCUGGUUCGGUACUCACAGAUAUGUUCCGUCAAUGUAGCGACGAUGUGCUUGCAGCUCAAGCACAAUGGAGUCCGUUGAUCCCAUUGUCAGGUGUACGUGAGUGGGAUACCGAAGAGGUCAAGGCAGUUGGCAAGAAAUGGGGUGGUCGUCCAGCAUAUGUCGAAGAAAUUGCUAGCGUUGUUGGUAUGGUUUGUAGCCCAGAGAGUGCAUGGAUGACCGGUAGUGUUGUCAGCGCCAACGGCGGUCAAUGUUUUAGCACUUAA